AUGUCGAUGGAACCUGCACCGAAUUUAACUAUAUGCUCCCAAGAAAGCCCUUCAUCUUCAUCUUUUUUAACAAAUAGUGCUUUGUUAUCUGACGUGACUCCAGUAAUAUCGUUGUCUGUACCACCCACUUCGGAAAAACAGUCGUUAAUAUCGAACGAUGAUGGUUCGGAUGAUGAAAGAGAUCUCACGAACUUAACUUGGUUAACUGAAUUACGAAACCAGAACCUCAGUUGGCCCUCAGUUGUCGAUAAAUGUGCAAAUGUUGAGGGACAAGAUGAUGCCUCUAUUGAUAAAGUAUAUCAACAGCAACCAUCAAUUUCCGGCUUGGCUCAGACUAAACGUAAAAAUUAUAAAAAUGGAAGAGUCCUUCAAACCAUUCAUGCAAAAAGUGGAUCUGAGGAAAAGAUGCUAAACAUUUCUAAUGGUCUCCAGAACGGUUUUUCGGUUAAUACAUGUAGCACACAGAAAGGAUCAAGUCAUCAGCAGCAAGGUCAACCUACGAUCCCCACACCUUCGCAACGAUAUGAAAUAUUUUUAGAUAAAAUAAAACGAGACUUAAUGGAAUAUAAAAAAUUUGCGACAAAUUACCAGAACGAUCCAAUAGAAAAGCCACCCUUUAAUUAUUCGCACAUAAUUGGAAUGGCUAUGUUAGAGAAUGGGCGUGUAACAUUACAGCAAAUAUGCACAUGGAUUGAAUCGAAAUUUGCUUUUUUUCGUGUUCGAAAAAAGUGGAACAACUCCAUUCGACACAAUUUAUCGCUACAUUACUGUUUUCGGAAAAUAGAUCGCAAUAAAUAUGAAAAAGGAAAAGGUGGUUAUUGGGAGCUUGGCGUUGACCCAAAAAAAUGCGAUCGAAAACGAAUUCGAAAUCGUAAAUCUUUACAAAGUAAAACGAUUGGUAUGAGGGCAAAUAAAAAUUUCAAUUCAAGCAUAAGAUCAAGAACUGGAAUACGAAAUACAGAAAAGUCAAAAUAUUGCUGUUACUUAGUUGAGAGUGAGAAGAAUGUUCUUCAACCUAUGGUUGAUGCUCAAAGCUUGCCAGCAAAUAAAGAAACCAAUGAACUGUUAGUCAAUGAGUUGAAUGUUCAACAUAGCAAUGUGAGCAAUUGCAACGACCUACAUCAUCAGAACUUAAAUGACGUUUUUAUUACUGGCGUACUUAGCAAUUCUACAGUUGAAGAUACCACCAGUUCUUCAGAGAUGUGUACGACUAACAGCAUCAACAGCAUGCAACAAAACAUGCAAGAUCAGCUGGAUGAUGAUUUGCAACAAGGAGAGGAAAGUUUUCAACAACUACAAAAAUAUCAGCUUGGCACCAUUAUUAUCAGCACUUCUGCAACGGAUGUCGAACAAGCCAGUUCGACAAUAAAUAAUAUGUUUGGUGAAAAUACUAAUGAACAACAUCAAAACUUGGUACUUUCCAACAACACAAUGUUGCCAAGAUGUGGAAAUAUAAUAAUCUCCUCAUAUCUUGCCAAUAACAAUAUUGACAGUAACAGACACAAUUUUAACGAACCACUUGCAAAUCAAAGAAUGCUAAGGUCAAAUGUGAUUGUGGAACAAGCUAAUCAUCCUUCUUUUGGCACGCUUUCUUCAUUGGCUUCAUCCAAAACAUCUACCAAUGAAGCCAUUCCUCACAUGGAGUACUCUACUGUUAUAAGCGACAGUUUCCGUCCUUAUAUUGAUGGCAUUGAAGAGGCUUUCCAAUAUUUGCGUAGUAUUGACAACAGUAAUAGGGAGGAUAUACUUGACAAUCUGUUAGAUAUAUCCGUUAGUGACUAUUAAAUGACUGUAUUAUUAUAGUUAAAUAAGAAAAUCUUGUCUUUUCGUCUGUCAUACUGAAUAUCAACA